GGCACGACGCUCGCGCUCAUCCAGAGCGCACGGAGCUGAAAGUGAGCAGACGUGACACGUCCGUCCAAACUGGGCUUCGAGUGGAAGACGCCAAAGUUCUGUCUCUGUUCACAAAUAUAAAAGCAUCUUAGCGCGGCAGCGGCAGGUGAAGUUGUUCGGACAUGCCUCCCGGCUGCGAAGAUGACAGAUUUUGCUCCCACGUCACGCUGUCAUCAAGGUAACGCUUUUGACGGCAGGCGGAAGCAGCUCCGUGCUCUCCAGGGGAAGUUGGACUCUCCCUCUGUCCUCAACCAGCACCGGAGUCCAACAUGGGACACAACCACCUGUUCUCCGUGGGCACGGCUGUGGUGUGGUCACUGCUGCUCUCUCAGUCAGUUCUUUGUCAAGAGAGGACACACUCGUAUGCUGAGGACAAGCUCUUCAAGACGCUGUUCGCUGGUUACAACAAGUGGUCGAGACCUGUGCCAAACAUCACCGACGUGGUCAUCGUCAAGUUCGGACUGUCCAUAGCUCAGCUCAUUGACGUGGAUGAGAAGAACCAGAUGAUGACGACCAACGUGUGGCUGAAACAGGAGUGGAAUGACUACAAGCUUCGCUGGAGACCGUCUGACUAUGACAACGUGACGUCCAUAAGAGUGCCGUCAGAGCUUAUCUGGGUACCAGACAUCGUCCUCUAUAACAAUGCCGAUGGUGAGUUUGCGGUGACCCACAUGACAAAAGCUCACCUAUUCUACACGGGUAAAAUUCGCUGGGUGCCACCAGCCAUUUACAAGAGCUCCUGCAGCAUCGACGUCACCUUCUUCCCCUUCGAUCAACAGAACUGUAAAAUGAAGUUUGGCUCUUGGACGUAUGACAAAGCCAAGAUCGAUCUGGAGAGGAUAGAAAACACCGUGGAUCUCAACAACUACUGGGAGAGCGGCGAAUGGGCCAUCAUCAAUGCCGUGGGAACAUACAACACAAAGAAAUAUGACUGCUGUCAUGAGAUCUACCCAGACAUCACCUACUACUUCAUCAUCCGAAGGCUGCCCUUGUUUUACACCAUCAACCUCAUCAUCCCCUGUCUGCUCAUCUCUUGCCUCACUGUCUUGGUUUUCUAUCUGCCUUCAGACUGUGGCGAGAAGAUCACCCUCUGCAUCUCAGUGCUACUGUCCCUCACUGUCUUCCUUCUCCUCAUCACGGAGAUCAUACCAUCCACAUCCCUCGUCAUCCCUCUUAUUGGCGAGUACCUGCUCUUCACCAUGAUUUUCGUCACCCUGUCCAUCGUCAUCACCGUCUUUGUGCUCAACGUGCACCACCGCUCACCCAGCACUCACAAGAUGCCCCGCUGGGUCCACUCCGUGUUCCUGGACCUGAUCCCACGCUGGCUGUUCAUGAGAAGGCCUGCUCCAGAUGGCCGGCGAUGCAGACUGCUGCUGCUUCAGCGGGAGGCAGCUGCGGAGCGGCGGCAGUGUCGGAUAGCCGGGCACAAACCUGGCAACUGCCUCAGCACCUCUGCUAACUGGUUAAGAGAAGGGACCACUUCAGAGGACUCUGAGAGAAGCUGUUAUGAGGAUUUAGAGCUGGGGACUCUGACAUCGUAUUUCUCUUUCCGUUCUCCCUCACCUAGACCUCCAGGGUCAAGUCCUCCACCACAACAGAAAACAUCACAGAACAGCCAGAACAGACAGGAAGCAGUCGGAGGGACAAAAAGACAGUUACCUGGAGCUCGAGUCAAUCCCACUCAGAGGCCAACAAAAGUAGAAAAUGCUGUAUCAGACUCAGCGUUCCUGCUUUCACCAAGUGUUGUCCGUGCAUUAGAAGGGGUGCACUACAUUGCAGACCACCUGAGGGCAGAGGAUGCUGACUUCAGUGUGAAGGAGGACUGGAAGUAUGUCGCCAUGGUGAUUGACCGCAUCUUCCUGUGGAUGUUCAUUAUUGUCUGUCUGCUUGGGACCAUCGGCCUCUUCCUGCCCCCUUGGCUAGCCGGCAUGAUCUAGCCCUUGAGAGAAAGUACUGCAGAUUAAUUUAACACCCUACAGCCCAGUUUAUGGCCUCAUACACCACCAAACCAGAAUAAGGAAAUAAAAAAGGACUGUUUUUAUGAACCCUUCUCACAAGUGUGACACAUUUUAAAUCCCUGUAUGUUCUUGGCAAUGUUAGGAUACCUCACACUCAGACUGUCAGCUUCUCAGGCUCAGAUUAGCAUCAAUUUGUACUGGUCUGAACUGCACUUAGCCUCAGGUGCAAUCCCUGCAAUUCACCUGUUUGACGAGAAUGCCAACAUUAGCACACGUUAAUAUGCUUAUACAGGUGGCAAGCUCUUGCUAGGACACAGGAUUUAGCAUGUCAAUGUUUGUUUUCGUCAUCUAUUUAGCAUGUUGUUAUGCUAAAAAAGAGAAAAGGGAAGCUAACUAGCUAAAUAGUGUGACUCUACAGUAGUUUGAGGGACAGCACUUUGAAAGUCAGUCACAAACACAUUCAAUUAUACUUACUGAAGCUGUUAUGUGUAAAAUUAUGGAGUCAGAGGCUUAACAUCUUAGUGGAAUGAAGCUUGUUGCUGUUUGCUAAACAGGAAGCUAACGCUCAGCUAAAUAUGCCUCCAAAUGUGUCCCAAUUCAAAUGUUGACUCCUUACCUGCAUAACUAGCACCUGGAUAAUGUAGAAGUUGUUGAAGUAUUCGAAGAAAACUUAAUAAAUUAACAAAUUCUUGUUUGACUUUUUUUUUAAAGAUAAAAACAAAAUA